CUCGAGGAGGUGAGGGCGUCAGAGCGGAGCCUGCGGGCGCGGCUGCGGACCCUGAACAGCGAGCUGGCCCAGUACAAGAGCGGGAGGCGGACACCGCCCGUGGUUCCACCCUCGUCCAGGGACUCCAGGGAGCGUUCCACGUCGCGCGGCCGCGGCGCCACCCGCUCUUCAUCCCGGGAGAGCGGCCGCGGGGGCCGGGGUCGGGGCCGCCCCACCCACCCGUCUCCCUCGCCCACAGGUGGUCGCAUGACCCGUUUCGACCCCACGGCCUUUGUGAAGGCCAAGGAGAAGAAGCAGAAGGAACUCAAGACGAA